GACAGUUGUAGGAAAUUGGUUUUCCUUCUUGCUCGUGAGUUCGUGACUCAGCCGUUGAAAUCACUCGUCUGGCUCUGCUUCGGACAAUUUGAAGAGAAAUACAUCAAAGAAUUACUUUCAAAAUGACUUCUACGGAGUUCAACAUCGGUUAUGAUGGAUCCAGAGCUUCCUCGAAAGUAUUGAAACCUCCUGGUGGUGGAUCUAGUGAUAUAUUUGGGCUUGGGGCUGCUCAUUAUGCAACUAAUGGAGAAAAACCAAAGCAACAGAGUAAUAGCACUCAAGAUAGAUUAUUUGGGAAUUCUAAUGCUGAUCUUUCAACUCCAUCUAAAGCCAAUCAUAAAACGAAAUCUAAUAUUUUUGAAAAUGGCUCAGAAUCUGUGCAGAGAUCAGUGAAGAAAAAAUAUGUUCGUCGUAAUCCAAUUACUGGGGAAGAAAUAGUAAUAGAAAUUGAUGGAGAAAGAUCUCAGAUGCCUGAAAGUGAUACAGGGGAAAAUAAAACUGAAGAAAAUAAUGUGGAAGAAAAUAACUUAAAGGUUACUGAUGAGAAAAUGACUGAAGAGAAAGCAUCUGAACUUUCAACAAGACAUGUUCAAACGAGCAUUCGUAUUAGAAAUCCUCCAGGAGGGAAAUCAUCUGGAAUCUUUUAGCUUAAUAUUGAAUAUCACUACAAAAAUCUUUUAUAUUCAUGUACUAUAUUCCAGUUAUUUGUGCUAAAAUUUUUACUCCUUAUUGUGCCAGUUUUUUCAAUAUUGUGUUGUCCUUGAAGAUAUCAUUUACAAGUUUUUUAAAAUCUACUGAUUUUUUUUGAAGAAAUCUUUUUAAGUGUAAUCCGCAAUCUUCAGUUCUAAAAUUUGUUUAUAGUAUGAAUUGUUUGACUUCUGAGAUUUUGGAGCUUAUUUAAUAUUUUAGAAAUGUUAUUCUAAGUAUUUAUACAAACAUAAUGUUUUAAUGCGUUUUUCAGAAGUAUUUAAUGCCUUUGGCAUAUUAUCCUAUUACGGAUAUAAAAUGUAUAUAUUCAGCAGCUUCCUUACACCUUGAAAAACUAGGCUUUUAAUCACAGUAAUCAGUAUUAUAUGUAUAAACAUAUCUUUUCUUCAUGGUGACCUAAUUUGGUUCCUAUAUUUAUAAUUUGUAGAUUUCAAGUUCAUGCAAUUGUGAAUUUCCUAUUGUCAUUUAGAAAGUAUAUCAAAUUUAAAUUGUCUUGAUGCAAAAUAAUUAAAAUUACCUCAUAAAAAAAAUCCUGCUUGUCUUAUAGAAAUGUUUUGUUGUGAAAGAUUUGUUUUUUUUUUUUUUUUUAAAUUUAUAUGUGAAAUUGAGUUUGCACUAGAUUCUUUUGUUUGGCUUUGAUGUACAUGCCAAUAAGAAGUCUUCUAGACCAAAUACCAUGUUGCUGUUUUUGUGUAAUGUUGUAGAAUAUUUUGUUUUCAUUGUGAAAUUCAGCAGUAUGAGUGUAUCAUAAGUUUCAGUAUUGUUUAAGCUUCAAUUUAGCUUUAUUUUUUAAAAAUAAACUUUUUAUUGUCUUUGCA